UUUAAGCAAGAAGUAGUCGCAUGUCAUAAAAAUUAAAAUUUCUUUUUUCAUCUCCUCCUCAACAACUCCUGCCAAGUUUCUUUCUAUCUUCGCGCAAUCAUUUUAAGCAGAUUAUAUUUACAAAGAACUAAAAAGUGGAUAGCAAAUUUAAAAAUUAAUAUUUCACAACAAAAGUGUUUGACGUCCAGUCUAUUAAGAACAUGAAUACUGAAACUGCAGAUACUAGUGCUGUGUUUAAGGAACAGCUGGAAGAGAAACAAACAGCAGAAGCGGAACCACCAAAAGUUACGCCUCUUCCGGUUUCCAAUAUUAACGGUUUUAAUACGGAAGAAUUCUUGGCUCGCGUCAAUAUGAACGAGAAAAUAAACUAUUUAUUGAGAUCGCCAACUAAAACGCCAAAUGGUACCCGCCAACGUUCAGUAUUUACUUCAAUAACAGCGCCAUCCCGUUUUAAUGCCAGCGCAGCUCCAUUUAUUUCACAACAACAUCGCAUGUCUGGUUCAAGUGUUAUGACACCCAAGGACACAUCCACACCAUCAACAUCAUUUUCACAAAGACAGCUGCCGAUACCGGUUCAUAUGAACUCCGCAUCUCCCCAUCACUAUGGCGGUUAUGAGUCGCCUCUUACCAGUCGUAGUGGUGGUAUGACACGUGGUGUUUUUAAUACCCGCUAUCCGGUAGCUCCGCCGCCUUCGCCAAUUUAUGGAUUUGAAAAUGAUAUUUGUAGGAUGCCGCCCAACAUGUCGCCGUCGCCUCAUGCCCAACAGUUUCCUCAACCCAUGCCGCCGCCACCUUAUGCUGUUGGACGUUUGAGUGCCAGUCAUCGGGGCGGCGUUGAAUAUAAGAACCCUACGCCGCCACCAUGCACGGGCGCUGGCCCAAUAGCCAUGACUAAUGGUACAAUACAACUGCGUUUACGUGAUGGCAUACGAAUCGACAUGACAUUGGAUAAAGCUGUACGCGUUUUGAAUCAACGCAGUAUGGUGGCCAUUGCCUUGUCGCGCAAUUGUAGUAAUUCGGCUUUGAUCCAUCCCAAUGGUCGUAUUUUACAAAGCGGUUCAAAGGUAGAAAUUGUUACAUACGAUGGCAUGAAAACAAAUAAUUAUGUACGUUACGCCAAGAUGUGGUAUAAAGGUGUUAGUUUUACUAGUGAAUCGUGUGCUUUAAUCUAUUUGGUGGAUACAGCUGGUACUCGAACCACCACCGAUACUUUUACAGAUCUAACCAAAGACUAUACACUGACUGUAUUUUAUGAUGACUCCCGUCAUGGUCCUUCGUAUGUUCAAGAUGCCAAUGAGGUCAUUCAAAACUCUUCUUAUACAUGUACCGAUGAGGGCACUGAAAUAUAUGACAUCAAUGGUUUUCGUAUUACUCAGGCUGCAGAUGGUCUUGUCAAAUUGACUCGAACUCAUAACAAGUGUCUAAUACGCACUAGUCCCGGUAAUGGUUCGGCUACUUUGACCACACCUGGUAUUCACUGUACGGCUUCUUUGGGUAAAACUUCACAUUUGUUUGUCAGGCGCAAUGAAAAACGUAUGCAUUUCGAUGGUUCCUGUUUUAUUGUCAGAAAUGCUGGACAUUCCGCCGGUUUCAAUGAAAAUAAUUUACUAAUUGUUUAUUAAAUGCUGAAAUACUAUUAACUAAACUAAACAAUAUUGCCAAAAUGAAGAAUAGAAGAAAGAAAUGAGGAUGUCUAACAAAAUUAAUUAAUUAUUGCUGUGAUACAUAGAAAUACAACUAAAUACUGUCUGCAAAAAAAAAAAAUAAAUUCAAUUAAUUGUCGUUAUAAUUUCAAAAUGUACGACAAAAUGAAAUUAAGAUGUCGAAAGUGUGCAACCAAAUUACCUGUAAUAUUAAGUUUCCCAUUUAAGCAAUUCCCCUUUUAUACACACCCCAAAUAUUAUCAAACCAACUAUAAAAACUAAAUAGAAAGUAGUGCCAGAAAAAGAAUACAAUGUUAAUGAUAUAAUGAGUUGGGAAAAAGUUCUCGUCAAAGUCCUUGUAUUGAAAACAAGCUAAUCACAAAAAAAAUAUCAAAAAGUAACCUAAAUUUCUACACCCUCCUCCCAGUUAGCUUAAUUCAUUAAAAAAAAGAAGAAAACAAACAAACUAUGAGGGUAAAAAGUAGGAAGAAACAAAAACACUCAAGUUGCAUAAAAAAAAACUAAAAACUUUUCGAAAGAUAACUUGCCCAUAAAUGGUUUUUAUUGUAUAGAAAAUUGUUCUAAACGAUACAUGUGUUAGUUAGUGGUCAGAGCAAAGUUAUCCCGUAUAAAAACACGUUUUUGUGCCAGUAACCAGUAUUAUGGCUUGCUAAGAAUAAAGAAAAUCCAAAACCAAGGCAAACAUAGGAACCAAUAUUGUCGUCGCCCUUCUUAAACCUAAUGAUAACCUUACAAAAUCAAACAAUCCAGCUUAGCAGGAGUUCGACACAUUUCGUCUUAAUGUAUCCGUAAAUGUUUAUGUAUUUUCUUUGUUAAUCAUUUGUUUUUUUUGUUGUUUGAAAAUUUCUUAAGAUUUUUUUUUAUAAUUGUAAUAUGUAAUACAUAUUUGUAAUAAUAAUAUUAGUUGUCGUUAUGUAGUAAAUAUCCGUUGAAUAAUUUAUAUUUCAAACACCAGCCUCUACUACCUACCAUUAUCUUGUAAUAUGAUGUCUGUCUAGAAUAUUACUAUUUUUGUACUGUGUUUAAAUAUUGAAUAUGUAUUGUAAUUUAGUUAUUUCGGCCUUAAUGUUUUAAAAUUGUU